CUGGAAGCUGUGUCCUGUGGGCGGGGAGGCAGUCGGGCUGUUCCUGCUGCUGCUGCUGCUAGUCCCUACUAGGCGCCAAAGGAAGGGAAGGAGGGAAGCAGCCAUGCCAGGGAGGGUCAUGGAGAGCAGCAGGGAGCAGCAGGAAAGAAAAAGAAAAGAACUUCUUUCAAACCAUUCUGAUGAAGUCAUUGAGAAAGCUAUGCCAAGUCAAGAAGGUACGGGCGCGCUGAUGCAGCAACCACAGGAUGUAGGAGAAGGAAGUCAACACCUGGCAGCAAUGCAUUCUUGCAGUACUGGAGUAUCCCCUGGAAAUUUGGUAAAUCACCAUUCAGUGAAGGAAGAAGCUGAAGAACCCACAGCGCAGCUCUGGGAAACUCAGUGGCAGGAGUUCCUAAGUACAGUGGAUGUUUCUCCUUCAGUGCCAGGAGUUCCUCAGGAGCCGGCCCCCUGGGAUGACACUCCAGCCUUCCUGGCUUCCUUUGAGCAAGUAGCCAGAGCCUAUCAAUGGCCCGAGGAAGAGUGGGCAGCCCGACUCCUGCCGACUCUCAAAGGAGAAGCUGAGCUGGCCUUCAGCAGCCUGGAGGAUGAAGAAAGAGAGGAUUAUGGGAAAGUGAAGGCAGCUAUCUUGCGAGGAGAUGCUCUGAACCGAGAAAAGAACCGCCAGUGCUUCAGGCGUUUCUGCUAUGAGGAGGCUAAAGGGCCUCGAGAAACAUACAACCAGCUCCAGGAGCUUUGCCAUCAGUGGUUGAAGGCUGAGAGAAACUCCAAGGAGCAGAUCCUGGAACUGCUGAUCUUGGAACAGUUCCUGACUGUUCUGCCCCCGGAAAUCCAGAGCUGGGUCAAGAAGCAUAACCUGGAGAGCAGCGCACAAGCAGUUUCCCUAGCUGAGGAUUUUGUGCUGAAGUGGACGCUUGUAAAAGAAGAGCAGAUAGCUGAGUCCCAAGGAGAAGGAUCCAUGAAUUUGUCAGAGUUGACGGGAACUCCAUCGGAUGCUGAACAGAGGCCACAGUUCUGCAGAGAAUCUGAAAUGGAGGAAGAUACAGACUGCUCUGAUGUUGACGUAUCAGAUAGCGGAGAAGUGUGUGAGAACGAUGAGAAUCUUCCACAAGAAAACCCUGGACAUUAUCAAAUCCACACUGGAGAGAAACAAUAUAUGUGUUCUGAUUGUGGGGAAGGUUUCUCAUCAAGAAUAUCACUAGAGACACAUCAGAGGACACAUGUGGGACAGAAAUUAUCUUUGCUUCCUCCCGAGAUGACAGUUUAUAUAUGCUCUGAGUGUGGAGAAACCUUCAACAGUACACUGGACCUUGAUGCACAUCAGAGAAUCCAUACAGAACAAAAAUCUUACACAUGCAAAGAGUGUGGAGAAAAGUUCUUUCAGAUGGUGGACCUAAGAAAGCAUCAGAGAAUCCACAUUGGAGAGAGGCCCUUUAAAUUUUCUCGCUCUGAGGAAAGAAUCUUGCUAAUUUCAUCUCGUAAAAGAAAUAGAAAGUUCCAUAGUGGAAAUAAUACCACUCCAGUUUUGUGUAAAAGAACCCAAAUGGGGAAGAAAAUGUAUUUGUGUUCAAAGUGUGGAAAAUUGUGCCCUGACUCAUGGAAGCUAAAAAGACAUGUACGUGUUCAUACUAGAGAGAAACCCUUUAAACACACAAACAGUAGGGAGAGUUUCAGGCAGAAUUUGUCUCUUGAAAGACACACAAAUUCCCAUGAGGGGAAGGAACCACAACCUCUUCUGAAAAGGCUAUAUGGUAUACAAAAGGAAAAACGUACAUGUGCAGAUUGUAAGAAGAGCUUCCGUACGCCAUUGCUACUAAUAAAACAUCAAUGCACCCAUAUCCCUAAGAAAUCAUAUAAAUGUAUGGACUGUGAGGAGAGUUUCUUGUCAAGUUCAUCUCUUGAUGAACAUAGGAAGGUCCACAAUGUAAAUAAAUUGGUCCCUCUUCUUCCCAAUCCGUGCAGCAUCCAAAGGAAUUCCUACAAGUGCUCUGAGUGUGGGAAAAGUUUUGUCAGUCAGCGUUCCCAUACUAGGGAGAAGUCAAAUAAAUGCAUAGACUGUCUGGAGAAGUUCACGCAGCAGACACCUCUUGAAAAGCAUAGAAAGAUCCACAAAAGGCGGAAAUUGGUCCCUGUUCUGGAAAAGAUACCUGCUAUCCAGAGGAAACUCUACACGUGUAAAGCGUGUGGGGAAAGUUUUGAAUGCCAAUUGAAUCUCAUUGUUCAUCAAUGUGUCCGUGCUGGAAAGAAAUCCUAUAAAUGUGCUGACUGUGGGGACAGUUUCACAUGGCCAUCAUCCCUUGAUAGACAUAGGAAGAUGAGACAUAAAGAACAGAAAUUGGAGUCUCUUUUGAAAAUGAUACCUGGUGUGCGGGGGAAACCUUACAAGUGUAAAGAAUGUGGGAAAUGCCUCAGCACUACAUCCGGCCUACUAUUACAUCAGCGUCUCCACACUGGAGAGAAACCCUAUAAAUGCACUGUCUGUGGGGAGAGUUUCUCAUGGGCAUCAUCUCUUGCAUGGCACAGAAAGAACCACAAUGGAAAGAAAUCAGCAGCACUUCUGUAUAAAUUACGUAGUAUGCAGAGAAAGUAUCACAAAUGUUCAGUAUGUGGGAAGAGCUUCUACCAUCAGACACACCUAAGAAAACAUCGGUGCAUUGCCACCCAACAAAAACCUUAUGCAUGUGCUGAAUGUGGAGAGAGUUUCAUGUCGAGUGCAUCUCUAGAAAUGCAUAGAAAGAUUCAUAAGAGAAAGAAAACAGUGUCUCCACUGAAAGGGAGGAACCUGGGGAACACAUGUUCUGAGUGUGGAAAAAAGUUUACUACUACAUCAGAGCUAGCAAGACAUCAGUGUAUCCACACUGAAAAGAAACCCUAUCAGUGCACUGACUGUGGAAAAUGUUUCACAGGGAAAGCAUCUCUUUGGGGACACAGAAAGGCCCACAGGGGUCAGAAGUCAAACCCAUUUAUGCAGAAAUUAUCUGGCAUGAAAGGGAAAUCCUAUGGAUGUUUGAAGUGUGAGAAAAGUUUCCGCCAUCUGUUUGAGCUGAAAAGACAUCAACGCAUCCACACCCAAGAGAAAUCCUAUAAAUGUAUGGACUGUGGGGAGAGGUUCUUGGGGCUUGUCUCUCUUGACCUGCAUCGGAUGACAAUUCAUAAGGGGAAGAAAUUGGUCCCUCUUUUGAAAAGGAUAAACGACACAAAGGGGAAAUGCUUGAUUGGUUCCAAAUAUGGGAAAAAACUCAAUAAGCAGUCAAAGGUACUGAGACAACCACCUGCCGAAACAGAGACAAAAAGCAACAUCUGUGCCCAGUGUGGGAAAAGCUUCAGUUGGCGCUCGAGCCUUUUAAGGCACAAAAAUAUCCACCUGGGGCUGAAACCGUUCAAAUGCUGUGAGUGUGGGAGAUGCUUCUUUCUUAAGGAGUACCUUGUAAGACACAUGAAAUGUCAUUCUAAAUCCCGCUAGUUACCUCAAGUCGCUAAGAACAUGGCCAACACAGGCCAUCAUAAUGCCUCAGGAGAAAUGGCCUACUUCUACUUUGUGGAGAGGAUGGUGGGAAACAGUUUCAGUAUUUGUAGCUAUGGAGAACACCAUGCUAUGUUUUUGCAAGUUAUCAUACUGCUAAGGAAUCAUAAAGAUGGAGGUGAAACCAUCCUCUUCCAUCUUGGGAGAGGAAGCCAUUGCUUGACUCCUGAAUUGAAAUAAAUAUAUGUGUUGGU